GUUCAGCCGUAAACAAUCGUUGGAGAUCGAAACAAAACAAAAAAUAGAGGUCGGAUUACAUACAUACCUACCUACCUGCAGGCAAGGGAAACACAAUGGCGCAACAACAGCCAAACCAACCGCUCUUCGGCAUCGUCCCAGCCGGACAGCCGCUUAUUACCGUGCCGUCCUCCCAGCCCAGCGCCACGUCCUUCCUAUACGCGAUCCCGCACCCCGCGCCCUCCCCCGCGAACCCCGCCCCGAAACCCUUCGCCCACCUCGCCGUCUUCCUGCUCCCCGGCACCACCCUCCCCGGCACCACCCUCCCCGCCGGCACCGCCGCUGCCAUCUACGUCGCGCUGAACCCGACCGCCCUAGCUAGCGGGCAAGAGGAGCCCAAAUUCAAGUUCCUGGGGGGCGUGGGGCCCGGCAAGGAGAGCGCCGUGUUCAAGCUCUCUCCACCACCUUCUUUUUCUUCUUCUUCUCCGAACCCCGAGGGCGUCAUAAUCGGGAUCAGCGUAGAGGACGCAUCGUCUGUAGCCGAGCGCAUCCAGCAGCUGCACGCGGCUGACUCGGGCGGAAACACGAUACAGCAGCAGCAGCCGUCGACGCAGAUCUUAGCCCAGCGCAUAAUACAGAACGCAUUCAACUUCCUCGCCGGGUUCAGCGGCAAGGUGGGCGCCGAGGGCGUCGAGGUCGUGCCUCUAAAGGCCUUCCAAGAGUGGUGGCGCAAGUUCGAGAACAAGGUCCGGAACGACCCUACGUUUCUCGAGAGGGAGCAGGAUUGACUGCAGGAGUUGUUGCCGGGCCGGUUACCUAGUUACGAUCCAGAGGGAGCAAGUAUUCUCCUCGAAGUGCAGAUUUGGGUCCUACGUAUAUUGCAUUGGACGUUAGAAACAGGGGAGAUGGGGGGAAGAGGGAGGGAAGGGUAGCAGACUUCUACUUCUGCUGGCUGUUUUAAUAUUUGCCUCUUGUAAGGUGUAGGCCGGUCUAAGAGGUCCAAUAUAAAAGGCUGGAUAUAUUCUUCAAUAGAGAAGGACAACGCCACGGUCACCUCUGAGCUAUACUCAAGUGGUAUCGGAAUAGAUAAAAGCUAUUGCAUAUCUAAAAAGGGAUAUCUCAAGUCUCAUAAGCCUUUAAUUUACUGCACAUAAUCU